UAAAAUGGGAGAAGCAAGUGAAAAUGCCAUUAAACAUUAUGUGAUUGUAACCAGUUUUAAGGAUUUUGAACAAACCUCUCUGUAUUUUGCCAAACAUGCUGGCAUAUAUUUCUUCGUGAUAUUGGAUGAAUUCAGGUUAAGGGAGUUACGUGAAAUUUGCCACAUGCUCUGGACUAAACAUCAAAUAUUCAAAAGUUUUCUUUUAACAAAUAGAGGUGUAUUAAUUUUUGAUCCCUUUGUUUGGAACAACAGAACGGGGAAAUAUGGUAAAAUAAUCCAAUAUACGGGCGAAAAGUCAUUGGAACGCACCAUAUUCUAUAAUAUGCGUGGUUAUCCCUUGCGUGUGCAGCAGUUUCGUUCGGUCUACUCGAAACCAAUGUUAAAUCCCAUAACAAAGAAACUGCAACAUGUCUAUGGUGUUGACGGGAGAGUGUCUGACGUCUUACAAGAGAGUUUGAAUUUUACAAGGGUGUUAUUAGAUCCGGAUCCACAUUAUUUUGGUGAAAGAUCUCCGAAUGGAACCUACAAUGGUGCCAUUGGAUCCAUAAUCGAUAACAAAUUGGAUUUAUGUUUAACGGGAUUUUUCGUCAAAGACUACAUGGUGCCGGAAAUGGAAUUCUCGGUUGCAGUUUACGAUGAUAAAUUGUGUAUUUACACACCCAAGGCUAAGCAAAUUCCAGAGUCCAUUUUACCCAUUCUAUCGGUUGGCUAUGAUUUAUGGUUGGUUUUUAUUUUCUCAGCCUUUGUUUGUGGAUUUAUAUGGGUGCUGUUACGUUAUCUCAAUUUACGUCUAAAACUAUGGUCGAGAUUACAGACGGAACCUACAAUCAAUGGAAAAUUAGAUAAACCAUACAAAUGGCAAGUGGUGCGAAUUUUCAUAGACACCUGGGUCGUGUGGGUGCGAGUGAAUAUCAAUCAUUAUCCGCCCUUUAAUUCGGAAAAGAUAUUCAUCGCCUCGUUGUGUUUGGUCAGCGUUAUAUUUGGUGCCAUUUUCGAAUCCAGUCUGGCCACCGUCUACAUACAUCCUCUGUACUACAAAGAUGUUCAGACAAUGGAAGAUUUGGAUAAAACUGGUCUGUUUGUCAUCUACAAAUACACCUCGAUGGGUGAUGAUUUAUUUUUCAGUGAAACAUCACCGCUUUUUGCCAGCCUCAACAAGAAACUGAAACAUGUCAAGGAUUUAAAUGCUGAUAUUUUGAAAGAUGUGGUCGAAAUUGGUGGCAUGGCUGGGGUGACACGACUCACCACCCUUUUGUUGGAAUAUCUUAGCUAUAUCAGAGCAAAACGAGUCUGGAUUGUGCCAGAGUGUCCAAAAUAUUACACAAUCUCAUAUGUCUGGCACAAGAAUGCUCCCUGGGAAGAGACCGUAAAUCAAUUACUGCUGAGAAUGCAAUCUGCCGGAUUAUUUGAUAAAUUCAUAGACGACAUGCAAACGGAUGUUGACAUCAAACUAUCGACAGACCAAACCCUGGCACAACAAAAGGAGGAAUUCAAAGUCUUGACGGUCGAAGAUUUACAAUUGUCUUUUUAUGUGAUAUUACUUGGUUCGUUAAUGGCUUUCGUUUCACUGCUGUUCGAAAGAAGGAAAAAAAGGAAACUUACUGGAGUAGAACAAACGUUGUCAGGGUAAUAUACAAUGGGAGGUAAACACAAACGAAGACGAAGGUGUAAACAAGUAGUGUAUAUUUCAACAAGGUCUGUAGGAGAUGACAGGCCGUUGAUUGGCUUUUUUGUUUUGUUCGGAGGGCGUAUGUGUUUAAUCAAAUAAAAAUAUAUACAUGUGUGAU